AUGGUUACUCCAAAGAUGGCCAGCCGUAGAGGAGCCAAGAGAAUAUUGAAACCUGUCAUCGAGAAAAAACGGAGGGACAGGAUAAACCAGCGUUUAGAUGAGUUGAGGACUCUUCUCUUGGAUAAUACAUUAGACUCGCGACUUCAAAAUCCCAAACUGGAGAAGGCAGAGAUUUUAGAAUUAACUGUUGAAUACAUAAAGAAAAAAACGCAAGGUGCGAGAGAAACUCAAGGAGAUUCUCACAAGGACCCACAUGACGCCAAACCCCCUGCUUUGCAUCAUGGAAGACCACGCGUACCCUACGCUUCAGUCCACGAGUCCAUCAAUGCACAGAUGCCAUCAAAUCCCAUCUACAAAGCUGGUUUCAAGGAGUGCAUCUCUCGACUGGCCAACUUCAUUGAUUGUGUGGAGCCCUCCCAGCAAGACAACUUCAUCCAGGGCCUGUAUCACCAUCUCGACUCCUACAGCAAUGCUCUCCCCCAGAGCAGAGUUUCCAGCCAAGCUGCCCACCAUCCUUGGGUCCAAAGUGCUGAGCUGACGUGCAGGUCGGAUGUCCCUGUGAUUGGACCCAUGAGGGGAAACCCUGAGCCCUUUUCAUACCCCAGUACUUUGUAUACCAGCUCCUUCAUGCUUCACCAUUCUCAUACAACAGGGCAACCCAUGACGCACCCCUACCCGUCUCCUCCGUACUCCAUCUCCCCUCCACCCUCUCCUUGUUACUCCAGCAGUUCUCCGCCUUUCUCCAGCUCACCCACAUAUCUCACCGUACCAUGCCACUUUGCUUUCCCUCCCACCAUCUCCCCACUUUCUACAGACUCUUCAUCAUCAUCAUCAUCGUCGUCAGCGUCUUCUCUUAGUAUCUCACCGCCUUGUCUGCCUGUAGUCCCAGGACCUCAUCCACAGCCCUCACCCACUUCAGGGCGACACACUGGCUCAUCUCCGCCCUGCCCACCGCGGACUCUGAGACGAGCUCUGUUCCACAACCAGCCUGUCUGGAGGCCUUGGUAA